AUGAGUGGCGGCCUGGCUUCCUUGCCUGGUCAGCAUUUGUGGUGUGGGCACCAGAAGUGGAGCAAAGUGUUCCGUACUUCCACAGAAAUGUUUGCUUUUGAGAACAGCGGGGGCGGGGAGAGGGAGCAAGCCGAAUGCAUUUACGGGACACCUUAUGGCUCUGAGUCAGGAGAAAUGGGGGAACUCUUGAAGAAACAAAUGAAAAAGAGAGCGACUGUCCAGACUCUGGAGAAGAUGAAAAAGGAGGAUGAGACAUCUUCAGACCCCAAGAGCUCAAAAUAUCAAUUCACAGCCCCAUGGAACCUGCUGGAUCCUACAAUCAUUGAUCAGGGCACCCCAGUGCCAAAAAUUGGCUUGAAGCUCAAAGGGAAACCAGGGAAGUUUGGGGUUUCUGACCAGCUCCUGUGUAUGAAGAUUCUGGGAGACAACCUCGGGCAGAAACACAGCCAGCUCUUCUGGGGUCUCCCCUCUCUCCACAGCGAGUCCAUUGUGGCCACCGUACUGGUCCCCCUGGGCAGAUACUCAUUAGAACCUCAUCUUGUACUCUUCAAUGGGGUCUGUACAGCUGCUACAGCCCCAGUUCUGGACCACAGAGCUCCAGCCUUUCCCCAGUCUAGUACCUUGUCCCUCAACCUUGUACAUCCUCAGCCCAUCAAGCCCCAGCCACAGAUUCUGGCUUUCACUCGGGUCCAUACUCAGGCAUGCAUGCAAUCCUCACUCUCUUCCAUGCCACCACCAUCUCUACCCUGUGGAAGUACCUGCCAAAUACCACAGAACGGGACUAUCUCUGAUGUCUUGAAUGGAAAUGAACACCUGCAGUGCCACCUGUUGCAGAAUCAUCAAGAUAGCUUGUGGGGUUUGGUCCCUGAAUGCCAACAUUAUGAAACCUCCUUUGGCCUUCUAGUUCCCAGCUUUCUACUGGGCUGCCAGCCUUGGCAGAGCUGCACCUCCAUCCCCGGGACUGACCAUUUUCAUUUCAGCAGUGAGCUUCAGAACAACCUGGAGCCCUGUGGGCCAAACAACCCAAUCCCACCCUCAUGCUUCCAGCCUUACAAUAGGACAGAAGUACCGGAAGUGGUAGACCCACAGUUCAUACCAACAGGAGCAGCUUCCCACGGCUACCAAUGUGCUAAGCCUCCACACUCUGUGCACUGGGGCCACACCAACCUCAGGACCGACCUCAGGACCGGAGAAAUGAGUCACUCGGAAUGUUUCUGUGAGAGGGUCUCGAUGAAGCCUCAGCUAAGAAAGGACGUAGCCAAGAACGUUGGCCAAAUCCUAGGGAAAUGCCCACUGGAUGCUGCGCAGAUGAUCUCAGGGUGCUAUGUGCUCAACAGCCUGAGUGCCACCCCUGAGGCAGAGGGGAAAUGGGUGUGCCACUCAAGGACUGGCUUGGAAAUCGAACGACUCAGCAUCUUUAGGAAGAACUUGGACCAGCAGCAAGCGAGGAGCAUCCUCAGGCUCCACGUGAGCCGAAAGUUCUGGCAGAUCACCAGGGGUCGGAUCCCUAUCAGCGUGUGUUGCUCAUGGCUAGCUCUGGAUGUGCCUCCCUGGAACUCGACACUGGGAAACACUUACUGCGACACUGCCACUCCCAAAAUCCCUCUUCUUGACCACAAGACCCAGAAGAUGCUGGAAGCCCAUCUCAUAAGGUUCCGAGUGAGCCAGAAGUGGGGCCUCCCCCUCAAGGUCACUGAAUCCAUAAAGUUCUAUAUUUUGAGAGAAACCAAAAGAUGGCCCCUUCCUCAGUCUGAUUUCCCAUUGUCUUCAAACAGUAUUCCUGGAAUGGAUUUGAAAAGUAACCUCCCCAAUCCCCUCAGUGGAAGCUCUAACCUUCCCCAUGGAGACAAGAUGGAAACAGCAAACUUAGCCGCCAUCAUAUAUCCUCUCGCUGUCUCACCUGUAGACAGCAAAAGAGAGGAGCCCCUGGGACCAUCACACCGUAAAGCCAUCUCUAAGGUUACAGAGCCGGUCCAGACAAAGGAGGAUGACAGACCCAGCAAGCUGGACAGCGUGAGUCAGAAUGAUGCGACACUACAAAGCAGGCCCACACAGGAGCAGCCCACAAAGGAAGAAGUGGCUGGACCCAAACCAGAGAGUGAGGUGGCAAUUUCUUCUCAUAUAGAAAUCAUGGAAGACAAACAGAGGGUGGGAAAGAGUCCAAACCAUCUCUCAACACCGAAAAUGUUCAGAAAAAUCUUCAUGGCUCAGGAGGUGAGUGUUCUCCUAUCGGGAUCUAGUGCUAACCAGUUGGAAAGCUCCAUAGAGGGCAAUGGAGAUAGGAAUAAAACAGUCUCUGUGUUGGAAAACUCGUCAGGGAUGUCAGUUCUGGAAGAGCCAAUGGUGUCGGACUCUGAGAGACAGUCGUGUGAGGAGCCGAACCCUAAGUUGGAGAAUCAGCUGCAGAGCCAGACUGAAGGCUAUGAAAGUGAUGAAUCCAUUGCUUCAGACAGCAUGACUGAUUACUCACAGUCUUUCUCCAACAGCGUGUGUAGUGCGGAUGGCUCGAUGUUCAAGGAUACUUAUGUCUACCUCCAUAACACCAGGAUCAAUGCAGAUCCAGCGCAGAAGCCCAGGGUCUUCAAACACCUCUUAAAGAAUCUCACACCAGCUGAGAAAAGACUGGCCUUACCAGAAUGCAGAAAAGAACAUGGUACAAGUGACACAGGAUUAGGGGCGCCCAAAGCAGGAAAGAAGAGCCAACCCGUUAAAGGGAAAUCAGACAAGAAGUCACACCCUUCUGAAAGUUACUUCAGAAAAAAGAUAGAACAAUUUUCCCAGUGGUUUUAUUCCAGCAAAGACAGCACAAGACAUAGAUAUGAGAAAGAUAAGGCUCUCUUCAUGAGCUGUGGGCCUCCCGAAGCCCAUGAGCUCAUGGCGUCCCUUGGCAAGCUCCUGGAGGAUAAGCUAUUGAAUGAGCGCAAAUCUAAGUGCUUGGAGUGGAGCCAGAAGGAGAGGCUACCAGCCCAGCCAGUGCCCAUCAAGGGACAACUUUCUAACCCUGCGGCUGCCCAGCAUGGAGAAGGGACAAGCAGCUGCUCCUCACCUCACGCAGUUCUGCUUCUCUGCAUUGACUGCUGCCAGCUGCUGAAAGACACUUCUCUGACCAAGGCAGACAGCAGCUCAGGUCUCCAGGGACAAGUAUCUGGCACUUACAGGGAGGCCCACGAAGCCUCGGCUCUCAGUUUCCGUGCAAUUCACACUAUGGAGGACGUUCUCUCCUUUCUGGGUAACACCACCAAACCAUGUCUGCUAAGCUUCAGCUCAGUCUUCAUGGACUUUUACCCCAAGGGCCUCUUUCUGAGUGUGGUAGGAGUGCUUCUUUUGUACCUGACGUACCCAAUACUGAAACCCUUCUUAGCCACACGGACCAAUCAAGACACCCACAAGCAACGAGGCAAAGUUAACAGAAGAAGAAGAGUAUCAUAUAAAGAAUUCAGAAUCUUCCACAGAGGAGCACAGGAGCGGAGGCGGCUGCUGUCUAUUGUGCAAAGCCCCUUGGGACAGAUGUAUGACCCCUCCCACCUUCGGCAAGUGCUUUGUCCUGACCCCUGCUGUGAUGUGUGCAACCGAGCAACCGCUAAGGUCAGUCGACUGCUCUCAUGGGCCAGUCUGCGAGAUGAUGCCGCCUCUGUGUCCAGCAUGACCUCCACAGCUUCUGUGACCGAGACCUCAUUUACUCUGCUCCCUUCCCUCUCACCGAGCCCUUCAAGAUGUCACAUUUCCUCUCUUCCACCUUCUCCUCCCCCUCCUACUCCCUCUAUUCCUUCGACUAUCAAGGCUACCCCCUUGGAAGAUAUAGUUCUGGGCACACUCCAGGUUGACACCCGGCCAUCAGAGCUGAUUUCUGUCACAAGGCCUUACAUUCCGCUGGACCACAUCCUACCUCAUCCACUUCCCAUGUCCCCACCCAAGGCACAGCAUGCCACUCAGCAAAUGGAACGGCCUUUAAAACGAGAAGCCACUCCAUCCAUGGUGGGCCGUCCUCGUAAGCAGCUCAUGAAUGCCACAACAAAUAAGGGUUCUUGUGGAGCCCUGUCAGAGCUCUCCCGGCAGCAGACUGGCGCUGACAACAGCAUCUCCCCAUCCCAGUCGGAAGGCUUAGUUAACCAAGAGACACAUAAUUGCCAUUCUUCUGAAGCUUAUCUGGGUGGACAAAACACAGGUCAUUUUACAGUGCCUGGAAACCUCUCUUUCCCCAGUUCUGAAAUCCUGGCAGUGCGUAAGAGACAAGACAAAAGUCAGGCUGACGUCCUUACUCGGAAGGAUGAGGGAAAAGAGUAUUUCCAAAAAGCUCUUGCAAUUUGGAAGAAAAAAAUAGGACCAGUGGCCGAGGUUCAGCAGCACUCAGAUGGCUCCCUUUGCCUGCGGGAUAGCAAAGGCGUUCUCAGCAAGCUGAAUGUGCACCAGGGGCUCGUUCAACUCCCGGCCUCCACAAGCCACUUAGAGCCCAAGCUCACACAGCACUUCUGGGGCCUCCCCUAUCUCCACAGUGAGUCCAUGGGUACCAUCACCACACUGUCCACUCACUGUUCCUCAGCGUGCAUCUGGUUCAACAGAACCUCAGACACCCCAGCCAUGACUCACCGCACACCUCUGUCCUUGCCGGAAAGUCAGUCACAGACCUUGACCCAGUCUCAGUCCCAAAAUGUCCUGCUUCAACCUCUAAUCCCACUGCCACCGGCGCCGCCGCCUCCUCUUCCUCCUCAACCUCAGCUUAGCAUCUGUGGGGUAUAUUUUCAUGGAUCCCAAGAUGUGGCAAGAUCUCUGCUGCAAUCUGAAAUCCACUGCCUAGAAUACAGCAUUGUGACAAAAGAACAGGAGAAGGGGUGGGGUUUGCCCUCUGUGGUCCAAAAAUCUCAGGAAGAAAUCUGUCCCCUCCCUUCCAAGCCCUCACUGGCCAGCCAGGCCUCUGAGACCUACGUUCUCAAGUCUGUCGAUUCUGGACAAUUCCCCCUUAGUAAUGCAUUUCGGAAGAAACUCGAGCACCACCUUCAAAAGAGGCUCAUCCUCCAGCGAUGGGGCCUGCCACAAGGGAUCUACAAGUCUCAGUCGUGGAUGAGCCCAGACCUUCCAGAGGCAUCUCAGAGCAGCUGUGGGCUCCCAUGCAGCUCUCUCUAUAAGCACCAGGACAGCAAAAACCUACCCAAGACUGUGUUGAACCAGCCCGGAAGCUCCCAAGAGAGGUUCUCAGAGGCUGUCUCUCUAAAGGGAAAAGUGGGAAAGGCAGAAGGACACAGUCCAGAGAUUGUACAAAAAUGCCCGUGGAGUAACACCAACGGCGCCCUAGAUAAUGGCCUGCAAUCUGACUGUAAGACAAGCCCACCGUGCCACUCAGGAAGUCCGCCAAGCAGACCUUCAGGGACCUCACAGGUGAGCCAAUGCCGGAAAAAGAUUGAAGCUGCCCUGCAAGAACAUUUGAGCAGACAUCUCUAUGAAAUCAAUCAUGAUCAGGUCCCUGGCCCUACAUCCAGAUCAGGACAUCACCCUCCCCCUUUAACGUCAUGUGUGAGCAUCAAAGAUCACAAGGCCCAGAGACAGUCACCUCCUGAUAACAAGGUUGAGCAUGUCAAGAACAUACAGAGAAUCGCAAAGUCUGUUAUGCAACAGACAUCCAUUAUCUUAGACAGCACCAGCCUGGAAAAGUCACAGGACAAUAUACACAGCCGAGAUGUGCCCAGAAUGUCGGCUAAGGCUAGCCCUGUGCCAUUGGAGAAGAGAUUAAGUUCUGACGAAACAGUCCAUGGGCCUCAAAAAGCAAAUACGAAUGACAAAAAUGUAUUUGCACCCAGCAAGGUCAGUAAUAUAGUCAAGGGAGGGCAGCUCAGUGGUCUUCAGCCACAACCUACCAAGACCUUGAAAACCAACCAGUGCAAGAGUACCCAAGGGGCAGAUGGGAAUACAACAAAAGCACACAGUACCCUGUUAGCUGGAAGGGCCAUGAAGGGAACAUCAGGUCCCCAGGAAAUUCAGACAUCUGACUUUAACACUCAGGUAUCCUGGGAAGAGGAAUUUAAAUCAGAGAGCAGUCAGACCAUCCAAGCUCUAGGGCCCCAACGCAGCGUGCUCUUUAUCUCAGAUAAAUUCACUUCCAAAGCUUUACUUAAGUGUGAGCCUUCCAGCCGAUCCGUGGAUGCUGCUUGGGUGCAACAGGCCCGCUCGCCCACAGCGGGGCCUUCUGUGGAACAGCAACAGGAGCCCCGGAUGUCUCCAUCUGUCUUAGACAAGGGCCAGAACAAGGAGCUCCCUCCAUCUGCCAAGAUGGUAUGCCCCGUUCCCAGGAGAGCAGAGGAGCUUGGUGCAGGGGUUGCAGGGGUUGCAGGGGCUACGAUAGUCCAAGCCAGUGGGAAGAGCUACCACGCACAAGGCAGCCCAACACAAAGGAACCGUGGGGAAAAGCCCACCCAACCCCUCCCCGGGAAGGCUCCGACCCCUCCUGAACACCAGUUCAGAAAGCACGUCAAACACUUUUUCCAGUGGCUUGCUCCUGACAGAAAAUGCAAAGGGCAGGAAGUGUUCCUGAGAAAGGGUACGCCCCCAUCCUCACCCAGGUAUGACCCAAAACUAAAGGGGAGAGCUACCCUUCCUGGGAACACUGUAGCUCAGAAAGCCAUGAGAGAUCUUGGGGAGAUCCCCAAGGAACAAGCGGGGCACAAGCAGGCUGCAGCAGAUAGCACGCACCCCUACGCGCCCUCGUGUCCUCCUACAAAGCCUGUGAGGACUAUGCCGAGGAAAGAGUACUGGGUCCAGGCAGAGGCAGUCCAGGGGCAUGAGUUCCGCCACCAAGCGACGCACUCUACCGGGCCAACUCCCAGGCCCUACAAUCAGGCCCUUGCCUUCGGUGGUCAAAAGAGAUCGGCGGAAGAGAGAGGCAGACAGCCCCAGAAAUGUGAAGCUUUACAGCCUCGCCCACCUGCGCCCCACAGAGAGCCAGAACUCUGCCAAAACCCCUUGAAAAGUCGAGCUGGGCAAGUUCCGCAGCCGGCGCCCCCCUUUGCUGUAGGAACUUUGUUGGCAGAUGUGUCCCGAUUAUGUGGACAGAAAAUUCUGGCUCAGAAUUUCAGUGGAAAAAGUCUUCUUCCCCCCAAAUAA